AUGAAGGUAUGUGUAGAUGGUUCCUUGCUUGGAAUGGAUGAUGGGACUGAAGAAGGAAGAGAUGAAGGUAUUUUAGAUGGUACCUUGCUUGGAAUGGAUGAUGGGACUGAAGAAGGAAGAGAUGAAGGUAUUUUAGAUGGUUCCUUGCUUGGAAUGGAUGAUGGGACUGAAGAAGGAAUUGAUGAAGGUAUUUUAGAUGGUUCCUUGCUUGGAAUGGAUGAUGGGACUGAAGAAGGAAGAGAUGAAGGAAUUUUAGAUGGUUCCUUGCUUGGAAUGGAUGAUGGCACUGAAGAAGGAAGAGACGAAGGUAUUGUAGAUGGGAUGUUGCUUGGAUGGGAUGAUGUGGCUAUAGAAGGAAGUGCCAUGCUAGAUGGGAUGGAACUUGGAUUGGAUGAUGUCUCUAUGGAAGGAAGUAAUGAAGGAGUCCCAGAUGGGAUCGUGCUUGGAUUGGAUGAUUGGCACUGA